GCUACAUAACAACAUCCAAAGGCAGCUUUCAGACAAGAGAAGAAAAAAGUGGGAGAGAGAGGUCGCUGAACCAAGCCCCGCUUGCCGCUGAGCCAAUCGGGCUCGUAGCCAUCUCUCUGUCACAACGCCAAUCACCACCGUCGUCGGCACCACCGGACGGAGACUUGCCGGAGUGCUGGCCGAUCGCGAAACCUGCUGUCCAUCGCCGGCCCAAGCGCAAAGCGAUCGCGAGCCACCGCCUUCUGCCGCCGAGCAACGCCACUGUUUCCAUCGCUGAUCGUCGAAUCAAGGCGCGGCCGCACAAAAUCGCCGGAAGGAAUCGAAGAGGCUUGGAGGCUGGGUAUUCUGCAGUUUAUAUUUAUAAUUGAGAGUUUUAUUUUGAAAAUGAACAGACACGGCAUUCAAGAGACAGUAUAGUGACGAAUUAAGGUUAUUGAUCAAUUGAGAGGAGUUGGAGAAGCAGGAUUUAUGGAGGCAAAAAUUGCAAGGAGUUUGCAACUCUCCCCAUGGAUUAGUUCAGAAAAUAGACUACCAAAGUCCAAUGGCUCGCUAAGUUUUUCCAAGUGUCAGACCAAACAUCAGAGAAGUCAGAUGUUAAUUUCCUGUGACUUUCAACCUAUAAAAGCCAAGAGUUGGCAUAGACCAUGUUUGCUGACGGCUUCAUGUUCUUCUCAAAAUUCUCAAGCUUUUAUUAUGGAAUCUGAAAACUCUCUACCAUCCCAUGAUGAAGUUCAAGUUUUGAAGAGUAAGUCAGAAGAGAUUGAACCGUACCUAAGCGGGCGAUGCAUAUAUCUUGUUGGAAUGAUGGGCUCUGGCAAAACAACCGUUGGCAAAAUUAUUGCAGAGGCACUUGGCUAUACAUUUUUUGACUGCGAUACACUUAUAGAGCAAGCUGUUGGUGGAACAAGUGUUGCUGAAAUCUUUAAGCUACACGGCGAGGGCUUCUUCAGAGACAAUGAGACAGAGGUCUUGCGCAAGCUUUCUUUGAUGCGUGAGGUUGUUGUUUCCACUGGUGGGGGUGCGGUUGUUCGUCCCAUUAACUGGAGAUAUAUGCACAAGGGCAUUAGUGUCUGGUUAGAUGUGCCUGUGGAUGCCUUAGCUAGGAGAAUUUCAACAGUUGGAACUCAUUCCCGGCCCUUAUUACAUAAUGAAUCUGGGGACAUUUAUGCCAAGACUCUCAAACGUUUGUCUACACUUCUGGACGAAAGGGAGGAUGCAUAUGCCAAUGCCAAAGCUAGGGUUUGCCUAGAAAAUAUUGCAGCAAAAAACGGUUGCAUUGAUCUUUGCACUAUCACUCCUACGGAGAUUGCUAUUGAGGCACUUGUACAAAUUGAAAACUUGUUGAAGAAAGAAAGUAGAGAAGUGCAUUGAGCUCCAUCAUAUACAUGCAUUUUGGUCAAUGCUCUUCAAUCUGAUGACGUUACUUCCAAUUGGGUGGUAGCUCCUCUGCUUCUGGUUUUUUUUUUUUUUUUUUCAACCACAUGUAAUAGGAAUAGUUGUUUGCAAAGACUUCAAAUGUGCCUUCAUCAAAUGCUGUAGCUUUGUGUAACAUUUUGCUCAAUAAGUUAUGAGUGCCAUACUGCCAUGAUGUUUGUGUUGAGUACAAGUUUUGUGAGCCUUAGCUUGUGACAAUGGUAGAAUUCUACACACCAUUACCUAAAUUAAAUUGCAUUCUCUAGCAA